CACAUGAAAAGCCUCUGUAUGAUUGCAUCAGGUUUCUUCCAACAGAUGCAUGGGGGGGUGCUGACAAGUCCAAGAAAGCACAUAUGGGCACGGUGGUUUGAGGUCACACCGUACAAUGGAGAAACUCACUUUCACAUGACUGGCAGAAUUCUAUAGCCAGCCUAAAACUGUAUGCACACUUUUUUUUUUUUUUUAGGACUUCUGUAUUUUUCACGCGGGUGACUCUUGUGACACACAGCACAUGUUGCCCUGCCUUCCUGAGAUAUUUUUUGCCUGAUUGGAAACAUCUGGCGUCUGCCUGGCUAUAAAAAAACCCCAUGUGGUUGUGCAGCUUUUCCAAAGCACAAGAAAGCCACCAAAGCAGAGAGCAAAGGCGCGAGAGGAGACAUUAAGGUUUGCUGAGACCAGGACCGACAAACUGCUAAAUUACCAGGGUGGAAAUCGUAUAAGGAACUGAAAAGCUCUGGAUCCCCAUCCACCGUCCGCAUCUAACUCGGGAGGCAACAUGGUGCAGGCAAAGCGGCUGGCAACUUUAAUCACGGGCCUGGUCGAAUGCUUGUGCUUCGCCGGCAUCCUCUUUGGCUUUGCCUCCAUUGUCUUCGUCUUUAAAUCGGAAGGCUACUUUAAAGAGCUGUGUGUGAACGGCACUGCCAAUGUAACAGAUGCAGAAAGAUGCAGUGCCCAAGACGAGCAGUUUUCCCUCAUCUUCACCAUCUCGUCGUUCAUGAACAAUUUCAUGACGCUACCUGCUGGCUACAUUUUCGAUCGAUUUGGAACCACCGUGGCCCGACUUCUCGCCAUAAGCCUUUACACCUUGGCCACUGUGAUGAUUGCCUUUUCUUCUGCAGCUGCUGCAAUGAUCCUUUUCCCAGCACUCUCCUUCCUGGCAGUCGGAGGAAUUUUGUUCCUGUUGACCAACAUACAGGUUGGAAAUUUAUUUGGAAAUCAUCGAUCUACCAUUAUUACCCUGUAUAAUGGAGCUUUUGAUUCCUCCUCGGCCAUUCUUCUCAUUGUCAAGAUACUCUAUGAGAGUGGCGUCCCAUUGCAGGCCAGCUUCCUGUUCAUCUCCUGCUGCAGCGUCAUACACUUGCUACGCACCUUCUUUCUGAUGCCACGUAAGCAGUUCCCGUAUCCGCUGCCUGAUGAUUAUAAUUACGGGUUACCCUGUGGAAGAAGAAAGAAGCUGUCAGUUACUAAAGCCGACCUAAAUGACAAAACGCAGUCGACCCCUUCAAGAAGUAUGGACAAGGAGCUCAACACUGAGAACGCGCCGCUCCAAAAUGAUGGGAAGACAGUAGCCACCAGCCCACAGGAUCAGCGGGAUUUUAAGAGCUGCUUCCUCUCAUCCCUCUUUUUCUGGCAUCUUGUGUGGAUUUCUGUCAUGCAGCUGCGACACUACCUGUUCAUCGGAACACUCAACCCCAUGCUGGUGCGACUUUCUGAAAAUGACCAACACCAAGUUAGCCGCUACACCAACGCCUUUGCCUUCACCCAGCUGUGCGGCGUUUUGUGUGCCCCAUGGAACGGACUGGUGAUGGACCGGCACAAAAGGGGACACAACAGCCAGAAAAGCACAGAUGCACUCGCCGACCUCCAGUCUUCGGUGUUGUCUCUCGCACUGACCGCCUUCCAGUGCGUUUUGUUUUCCGUGUGCGUGACCAUCCCAGUGCUGCCAGUACAGUAUGCCUCCUUCAUCCUGCAAGUUCUCAACAGGUCCUUUCUGUAUGGAGGAAACGCGGCAUUCGUCGCAAUUGCAUUCCCAGCCCGUCAUUUUGGAAAGCUGUACGGCCUCAUCAUGGCCCUCUCGGCAGUGGUGUCCCUGCUGCAGUACCCCUGCUUCGCUCUUAUGAGGGGGCCUCUGAAUGGAGACCCCCUUUACGUGAACAUCUUCCUCCUUGGGACGACUUUGCUGGCAUUUGUAAACCCUAUCAAUGUCUACCUACACUGCCGCAGACAGAACCAAAACGCCAAUCAAACAGAUGAAGGCAACGUUCCCUGCCAGGCCUUUGAGGCGGACAUCUAACCAACAGAACGGGUGGAAAAUCGUCAAGAAAGCAACUCAGAGGCACAGCAAUAAAUGCCGCAACUUUUUAUGUCUCGGACUGAAGUAUAAAUGAAGUAUAAACAAAAGGGACUAGACUACGGAUUUCUUGCUAUCCAGUAUUAACUUUUUUUUUUUUUUUAAUAUAUGAAUGUAAAGACAAUUGUUGCUUGAAUUUUACUACAUUUGAAUUAUGCAAAAGGGAUUUUUUUUAGUAAUAAUACUUUGGCUAAUAUUACAAACUUUUUGAAAAUAUCUACUUGUUUGAUCCCCCCCCUUUUUUUUUUUUUAAUUAACAGUAACAAACAUAUCAGAACUAUCAGUAUGAAACCCAAUUUUGACUUAUCAGAAAACAAAGAAGAAAAAAAAACCCUUGUCCUUAAAUCUAUACAUUCACUGUGGCAUUUAUUUAUAAAUAAUGUCAUUCCUUGGUUAGCAGGAAAGAAGUGAGCAGUGAUUUUUUUGUGUCUCUCCAUUUUCCAAACAAUAUUUGUAAUCCUCGAGAAGAGCGGUUUCCAGCCAAACCAACCAAAUAAUAAUAAUUAAAAAAAAAUAAA